AUAAUUAUAUAAAUGAUGCUUAGAACUUAGAACCAGUUUAAUCAAAUGCUUUCUUUGUUUACUAAAUGUAUAAAGCGAGUUGGUUCAAGAGUAAAUCUUAUUAAAAAUAAGUUAGGUUCGAUCGUAUAUGUGAUUUAUAAAUGAUGUCAAAAUAACUUUUAACCGUAUCGAUUUUAUUGGCGUAACUAAUUAUAGCCGAGUAAGUAAAAUAUUAAUUAAAAAUAAAUGAAAUAAAUAUAAUAUAAUUUUUUAAGAAGAUCUAUUAUAAAAAAAAUUCACAUAUGAAAAAAUAUUGUAACUUCUGUUUUAGUUAAAGAUACAAUGAUAUUUUUCUAUUAAAAUUUUAAUGGUAAAGUUAGUUAAAAUAGAAAUAAAAUAUAAUACAAAAAGGGUUUAGGCAAAUUUCCAUUUAACUAAUGGGAAAGAGAAAAAAGUAAAGAUUGUUUCUUUUUCCCUGUCCUCUUAUAUAUACAUUCAUCACCCCUUUGCUGUCUAUCUGGUUGCUUGAAAAACACUAUCCUACUAUUCAGAAGUAAGAAGUUGAACAAGCUCUUGUUCCAUCCCGAGACUCCUCCUCUCUCUCAAAGAUGGCGCUGGAGAACAUUGGUGCUUGCAACCGUAACGAUGAGUUUUACAGGUACAAGAUGCCUAUGAUGGUUACCAAAACUGAAGGCAAAGGUAACGGCAUCAAGACCAACAUUGUCAACAACGUCGACAUUGCAAAGGCCUUGGGGAGACCUGCAUCUUACACUACCAAGUUCUUUGGUUGUCAGCUUGGUGCUCAGUCCAAGUUUGAUGAGAAGACCGGGACUUCACUUGUGAAUGGAUCUCACAGCACGCCUAAGCUUGCUUCUCUUCUGGAGGCUUUUAUUAAGAGGUAUGUUCAGUGUUAUGGGUGUGGGAACCCUGAGACUGAGAUUAUUAUUAUUAAUACAACAAAGAUUCAGAUGGUGAACUUGAAGUGUGCUGCUUGUGGGUAUAUCUCUGAGUGUGACAUAAGGGAUAAACUGACUACGUUCAUUCUGAAAAACCCACCGGAUGCCAAGGAGGAGGCCAAGGAUAAGAAAGCUAUGAGGAGAGCUGAGAAGGAGAGGCUUAAAGAAGGUGAAGCAGCUGAUGAGGCCCACAAAAAGCUUAAGAAGAAAGCACCUUCUAACGGGAAGGAGAAGGCGUACAAGAACCAUGCUUCUGAUGAGAAUAUCAGCCCAAAGCGUGAUGAGAGUGCAGAUGAGGUGGAUGAUGAUGAUGAUGGUAUUCAGUGGCAAACAGAUACUUCUAGAGAAGCUGCUGAGAAAAGAAUGAAGGAACAGUUGAGUGCUGCUACUGCUGAGAUGGUGAUGCUCUCUGUAAAAAAAGAAGAGGAGACGAGUCUCGUGCAGGAGAUGAAAGAGUAUCUGAAGGAAGGUUUACCUUUAAGCCAGCUCAAAACGUUCAUCUCCUCUCUCUCUGAGCCUCCUCAAGAUGUCAUAGACGCACUUUUCAACGCUCUCUUUGAUGGUGUGGGCAAAGAAUUUCUCAACGAAGUUAUGAAGAAGAAGAAGUACUUAGUGGCUGCAACGCAAGAGCAAGGAUCACAGAUGCAUCUGCUCAACUCUAUCGGAUCAUUCUGUGGAAAGAGUGGAAACGAAGAGGCGGCUAAAGAGGUGGCUCAGGUUCUUAUGGCAUUGUACGAUGAAGACAUUGUUGAGGAAGAGUUUGUGCUGGAAUGGUACCAAAGGGGACCGAGCGGAGUGGACAAGAGCUCGCCUGUUUGGAUGAAUGUUAAGCCUUUUGUGGUGUGGCUACAGAGCGCUGAGUUCGAGUCCGAAGAGGAGGAGGAUUGAGAGUUUCUUUUGCACUGUGACUGUUUCUAAAAUCACUGUCUGACUUUUUAUUAUUAUAUAAUUUUGCAAGUGGGUUGUUCGAACUAAUUUCUUCUUGCUUUGUUUGGUUCUUGCAUUGUUGUUACUUGGUUCUAAUGAUUAUUGUGUUAAUUGUGUG